AUGACGGAUGUGCAAAUGGAUUUGGCGGACUUUCAGGCUCUUUCAAAAUACAACAAGGGCUACAAAUAUUGUUUAUUGGGGGUUGACGUAAUGUCGCGCAGGUUCUUUGCUUGUCCUGUUCUCUCCAAAAAGUCUUCGGAUAUGCUCAAAGCAUUCGAAUGUAUGUUCAGAAAAAUGCCGCAAAUCCCCCAGGUGAUUUUUACGGAUAAGGGCAAAGAGUUUGUUGCCAAAGAUGUCAAAAACUUUUUGGAUUCAAAAAACUUGGAGCUUCGCCAUGGAGAAAACGCGGAGAUCAAAGCAGCAGUUGCAGAGAGAGGAAUUAGAACUUUAAAAUCUCGUUUAUACAAAUACUUUUCCGCACAAAACACUUUGAAUUGGAUUGGUGUGCUGGACAAGUUUAUUAACGCCAUCAACAAUACUGUGUGUAGGAGCACAGGCUUGAAACCUAAGGAUAUUAAUAGCUCAAACUGGUUCGAAAUUUGGAAAAAAAUUUAUCAAUCUGAUUCCCCAAAAGCCAAAGAGCCCAAGUUCAAGGUGGGGGAUUGGGUCAGGAUUUCACGGCAGGCCGGGGACUUUGAUAAGGGCUACUGGACUACCUUUACAGAUGAAAUUUUCAAGAUUACAAAAAUUAAUAGAACUAACCCCAUUACUUUUGAACUUGUUGACUCGGAAGGCGAACCGAUUGAGGGCCGAUUUUACACCGAAGAACUUUCGCUGACUUCUGAAGAUACUGAAUAUCGAAUCGAAAAGAUUCUCAAAACACGAUUGCGUAAGGGCAUUAAAGAAGGGUUUGUCAAAUGGAUUGGAUUUCCCUCAUCAAAAAAUUCUUGGGUUCAGCUAUAA